AUGAACGCGAAACAUAAAGGAGGAAUGUCGGCUCUUUUGGUGCAGAUAGAAUACUACUUCUGUGACUUGAACAUCAUUCAGGAUAAGUUUUUGUUGGGCGUUAUUGAAACCCAAAACGGGUUUGUCCCGAUUGAUACCCUUUUGGGAUUUGUGAAGGUGAAGGAACUCACGACGUCAGCGGAGGAGAUUGUGAAAGCCGUAGAGACGUCCAAAACACUUGUUUUGUCUGAAGACAAGAAGAGCAUUAAGCGCGUGAAACCGAUUCCAACGGAAGCGGAAGUUACGAGAGAUCGUUGUUUGUGA